AUGGAGUUGACAACAAGGCCAUUCUACGGCUCUUUGCAGAGAUACUGGAGAAGAAGAAGAUAUCAAAGGCUUCACGGUGAAACCAAAAUCAGAAAGAACGUCAGGGUAACAAGGUUCCAUGGCGGCCCAGCGUCACGCAGGUUUUGGAGGAUCAAAACGGUGCCGAAGCUCAGGCUAAAGAUUGUUCGUUCAGUUGCUGCAAAACCCUUUAAGCUUUGGGGAAACUUGAAGAAUGGUUAUGUUGGGAUGAUGGUAAAUCUGGCUAGUAAAGUGGGGUUCUUGAAUAAUGAAGAUCAUUUUGUAAGAAAAGGGAUUUCUCAACCAGGGAAAAAGGGUGGUGUUUAUUCCUAUGAAGAAGUUGAGAACCGGGUUGCUUAUGAACUUUACCAAGCUUUAGUGGCUACUGGAAGACUAUCUGCAGUUUUAAAUCAGUUACAGUAA